AUGAAAGGACACUUUUUCAAGCAUUUUUCGAGAGAUGCAGCCCAACGACAAGCUCUCUUCAGAAGUUUAACAACACAACUUAUUAAACAUGACAAAAUAACAACAACGUUAAUGAAGGCUAAGCAAUUGAGAACUUUUAUUGAUAAGAUGGUUACUCUGGCAAAGAAAAACACUCCACACACACAUAAUCAAAUUAAAUCUUACCUGUAUGAAGAGGAAGCCAUCCAAAAGGCUAUUCAAACUUUCCCAGAGAGAUUCAAGGAACGACAAGGAGGAUAUACAUCAAUUGAAAGAUUGUGGAAGAAUAGAAGAGGAGAUAAUGCCAUCAUGGCUACCGUGACUCUUUUGGACGCAGAAAAGGCUCCUGAAUUUGUCUAUGAAAAGAAGACUGAAAAGAAAGAAGAAACUCCAGAAGAAACAUUGAGAAAAUUCUCGGAACAAAUGAAAUUCACACAAUAG